CCAGAGCCUGCCAGGGAUUCUGAGCCCGGCUCAUCCCUCCCUCCUCCGGAGCCCUGGUUCCCGCAGUCCUGUCUCCUCCCCCUGGGGUGAGUCCAGAGGCAGCCUCCUCUUUCCCGACUGUCACAUUUAUUUUCCAGCUCUGACGAGUGGCUGCCGGCUCCUCUGGGGCGACCAUCCCCCACCCACCAUCCACCUGCCACAGCUCGGCCAGCCCUUAGGAGGAAAGUCAUCCUUGCUGCCGCAGCUGCCGGUGGGGUCCGGGGCCUCCGCUCUCUGCUUCCAGACCUCUCCCCACUCCCAGCCCCCCAUGCCGAGGUCCGCCUUGUCAAUCAUUUCCUUCUGUCACCGGCUUGGCAAACAGGAGAGAAAACGGAGCUUCAUGGGAAACGGCCGCAACAGUUGGUCCCACGCGCCGUUCCCCAAGUUGGAGCUGGGCCUGGGGUCCCGGCCCGCGGCGCCGCGGGAGCUCCCGGCCUGCUCCAUCUGCCUGGAGAGGCUGUGGGAGCCCGUGUCGCUGGACUGUGGCCACGACUUCUGCGCACGGUGCUUCAGCACACACCGCAUCCCGGGCUGCGAGCCGCCGUGCUGUCCAGAGUGCCGGAAGAUAUGCAAGCAGACGAGGGGCCUCCGGAGUCUGGGGGAGAAGAUGAGGCUCCUGCCGCAGAGGCCUCCGCCCGUCGCGCUGCAGGAGACCUGCGCCGUGAGGGCGGAGCCGCUGCUGCUGGUGCGCAUCAACGCCUCCGGGGGCCUCAUCCUGAGGAUGGGGGCCAUCAACCGCUGCCUGAAGCACCCCCUGGCCAGGGACACCCCCGUCUGCCUCCUCGCAGUCCUGGGGGAGCAGCACUCAGGGAAGACCUUCCUCCUCAACCACCUGCUCCGGGGCCUGCCGGGCCUGGAGUCUGGGGAUGGCGGCUGGCUCAGAGGAGGAGGGGCCCUGCAGGGGUUCAGGUGGGGUGCCAAUAGCCUCACCAGGGGCAUAUGGAUGUGGAGCCACCCCUUCCUGCUGGGGAAGGAGGGGAGGAAGGUGGCUGUGUUCCUGGUGGACACAGGGGAUGCCAUGAGCCCCGAGCUGAGCAGGGAAACCAGGACCAAGCUCUGUGCCCUCACCACGAUGCUGAGCUCCUACCAGAUCCUCAACACCUCCCCGGAGCUGAAGGAUACAGACCUGGAAUAUCUGGAGAUGUUUGUGCACGUGGCCGAGGUGAUGGGCAGGCAUUAUGGGAUGGUGCCGAUCCAGCACCUGGAUCUCUUAGUCCGAGACUCAUCCCCCCUCAACAAGGCAGGCCUGGGGCACGUGGGUGACAUUAUCCAGAAAUCCUCCGGCAAAUACCCCAGGGUUCAGGAGCUGCUCCGAGGGAGGCGAGCCCGCUGCUACCUCCUGCCGGCUUCCGGGGGGCGGCGGGCCAGCAAAGACCACGGGAGCCCAGGCGACACAGAUGACGAGGUCCGCCACCUCUGUGCCUACGUCAUGGACGUGCUGAGUGCAGCCCCCCAGCACGCCAAGAGCCGCUGCCAGGGGCACUGGAGCGAGGGCCGGCCCGCAGCCAGGGGGGACCGACGCCUGCUCACGGGGCAGCAGUUAGCUCAGGAAAUCAAGAACCUCUCAGGCUGGAUGGGGAGGACGGGGCCCGGGUUCACCUCACCAGACGAGAUUGCCGCCCAGCUGCAUGACCUGAGGACGGUGGAAGCUGCCAAGAAGGAGUUUGAGGAGUACGUGCGGCAGCAGGAUGUGGCCACCAAGCGCAUAUUCUCUGCACUCCGGGUACUGCCCGACACCAUGCGGACCCUCCUCGCCACCCAGAAAGAUGCCAUCCUGGCCCCCGGCGCAGCGGUGGGGGCCACGGGGGCUGCCGUGGUCGGGGGUGGCGUUGGCGCUGGGCUGGCUGCCACCGUGGGCUGCAUGGAGAAGGAGGAGGACGAGAGGGUGCAGGAAGGGGACCGAGAGCCUCUCCUGCAGGAAGAGUGACAGGCCCAGGAGACCCAAGGGAGGAAGAGGUACCGGGUGGGAGGGAAGGAGGUGCCGGAGGGGAGGGCUUGGGGGCGGUGUGGAGAGCCUGUGUGCCGCGCUGCCCCGCCUCCCUGCCCCGUGUCUGGGUGGCUGGCUGAGCGGGACAACCCAGGUGGCCCCAGGACCCAGGGGAGGCCGCCGGGGCCCAGAAGGCAGUGUCUGGGGGCACUGACUAGAGGGCAGCACCUGUCUCAGGUUGCAGACCAUUGCUCACCUGCUGUGUUUCCCAGACCAACUUGACCCCAGGGUUUCCCACCCAGAGUGAGGCUCCACUGGCCUCCCCAUCCUGGCUCGUUCCCCUGAUGACCUUGAAUGGUAGGAAGGCUAGGCAGACACCAUUCUGGAAGUCUCCCUUGGGUGGAGAGGAUCUGCCCUUUCACAGACGGGAGAGGCCCCAGGGUCGGGUGACAUUGGUGCUCAGGCUCAGGGAGCACUUGUGAGGGGCAGGGGAAGACAGAGAAGGAGGGGCCACUGGGCAAAACCAAAGAGUCCAGGUGUGGCGGACAGCGGCCUACACCCCCACGUGGAGACGCUUUGCUCUGAUGACUUUUCCCAGAGCUGCCCCAGGAGGGUAAUGGUGGCCUCCGUGAUCCUCCGCAGCCCCGGGGAGUCCACAUAUGCACUUUGAAUGGGGGGCCCUGUAGAACUUCCCUCACGGUGUGCCCUUUGUUGAGCAAGCUCAGACAGCAAAGAGCCCAAGUUCUUUCUGGAAUGCUGUCCCAGCCAUGGGUUAGAUGCCAAAGAAAAACGCCAGGAAUUGCAUUCUGAGCUACACCGGACAGCCCUCAUGAGUCGAUGAAAGUCCUGUAAGGGACCGUAGAGGGAAGAACACAUUCCAUCCCGACACGGACACGCCCUCUUUCUGGACCCUGCACCUGCAGGAGACCUGGGCGCAGCCCCCUGCGGGAACCCCGAGGGCCCAGCGUCCUUCCAUGGGACAGAAAAGUCCUGCUGGAAGACUUCUAGGCUAUUAAGCUGUAAAGUAUUCAUGGGCGCCUUAUAUGAAAAAUAAAAUGUGUGUGCUUGAGUGUCAA